GCCCGGGUUUGUAUCAGACACAAACAGCAGCUUGUCAGCUCCCAGCACCCGGCACCGGCUCCGACGCGAAGAGGCUGCAAUGGAGACGCUGAGGUUCCUGCUCCGCCGUGCGGGCGGCGAGCGGCCCGGCCGACGCUCCUACACCAUUUACCGGAACGUGGAGGGGCCGGGCGGGGAGGGGGCCGGGGGCCUGGAGCUGAAGGUGGCCGAGGGGGAGGAGCAGACGCUGGCCGGGGACAUGGCCGCCCUGGUGACCCCCGGCCCGCGGGACCGGACCAAGGCCCUGACCUAUCUGGUGCUCAGCGCCCUGCUCAUCUUCACUGUGGCCUUCCUGCUGGGCUACGUGGCCCUGCGGGGCAGCUGCCCGUCGUGCGCGGGGCUGCGGGGCGACCUGCUGGCCGUGGUGAGCGACGAGGGGGCGGCCGACGAGUCGCCGGUCCCGGGGCCCCCCCUCUACUGGGCCGACCUGAAGGAAAUGUUCCAGAAAUACCUGCGGGAGGACAGCAUCGAGAGCACCAUCCGGUGGGUGAGCGAGGGCCCCCACCCCCCCGGCUCGCCCCGCAUGGACGCCCUGACCCACAAGGUGCUGGAGAGUUUCACCUCGUACGGGCUGGACCGAGCCUGGACCGACACCCACUACGUCGGCCUGCAGCGCCCGGACAGGGUGAACCCCAACUUCCUGCACCAGCUGGACCCGCAGGGCAAUGUCCUGGAGAGACUGGCGCUGGAGGACCCCGAGAUCUACUGCCCCUACAGCGCCCCCGGCAACGCCACGGGGGGGCUGGUCUACGCCAACUACGGGCGCCAGGAGGAUUUCGAUGUCCUGGGACAGCAGGGGGUGAACCCCCAGGGCCACCUGGUCAUCGUCAGGGUGGGUCAGAUCAGCUUCGCAGAGAAGGUGGCAAACGCAGACGCUGCCCAGGCCCGGGGGGUGCUGAUCUACCCUGACCCCUGGGACAUCCCCCAGGAUCUGCGCAAAGCGGGGCUGUCCCAGAACCGGGCGGUUUACGGACACGUUCACAUGGGGACUGGCGACCCCUACACCCCCGGCUUCCCCUCCUUCAACCACACCCAGUUCCCCCCCAUCCAGUCCUCGGGGCUGCCCCGCAUCCCGGCCCACCCCAUCAGCGCCAGCACGGCCGCCCGCCUCCUCAGUAAGCUGACAGGGCUGGCUGCCCCACGGGACUGGAAGGGCCGCCUGGCCGAGGUCCCGUAUCGCCUCGGCCCUGGGGACCCAGGCGUCCGGGUGCACCUCCAGGUGAACAGUGUCAAGACUUCGACCAUGAUCAGUAACGUCUUCGGCUCCUUCGAGGGGCGAUUUGAACCGGAUCACUACGUGAUCAUCGGGGCUCAGCGGGACUCUCUGGGCCCGGGGGCGGCCGGGUCGGGCGUCGGCACGGCCCUGCUGCUGGAGUUAGCCCGGACCUUCUCCGCCAUGGUGCGCAACGGCUUCCAGCUCCGGCGCACUUUGCUCUUCGCCAGCUGGGACGCAGAGGACUUCGGGCAGGUCGGCUCCACCGAAUGGCUAGAGGGGUAUCUCAGCAUGCUGCACCUCAAAGCCGUGGCCUACAUCAGCCUGGACAACGCUGUGCUAGGAGAUGACAAAUUCCACGCCAAGACCAGCCCCUUGCUGACGAGCCUCAUCGAGAACAUCCUCAAACAGGUCGACAGCCCGAACCGCAGCGGCCAGAGUCUCUACGAGCAGGUGACGUUCCCGGAUCGGCGCUGGGCCAGCGAGGUGAUCCAGCCCCUCGCCAUGGAGAGCAGCGCCUACCCCUUCACCGCCUUCGCGGGGGUCCCGGCCGUGGAGUUCUCCUUCGUCGAGGACGCCCGCCCCUUCCCGUUCCUGCACACCCAGGACGACACCUACGAGAACCUGAACGGGAUGCUCUUCGGGCGGCUGCCGGCCGUGGCCAAGUCGGUGGCCGAGGUGGUGGGGCAGCUGCUGAUCCGCCUGACCCACGACCACCUGCUGCCCCUGGACUUCGGCGCCUACGGGGACGUCCUUCUCCAGCGCAUCGCGGAGCUCAACCCCUACAGCAGCGAGCUCAAGAGCCGCGGCCUGACCCUGCAGUGGUUGUACUCGGCCCGGGGCGACUACACGCGGGCGGCCGAGAAGCUCCGGCGGGACAUCUACAGCUCGGAGGAGCGGGACGAGCGCCUCAACCGGCUCCACAACGUCCGCAUCAUGAGGGUGGAGUUCUACUUCCUGUCCCCCUACGUGGCGGCCACGGAGACCCCCUUCCGGCACGUGCUGCACGGGCGGGGGCCCCACACGCUGCGGGCCCUGCUGGCCCACCUGCGGCUGCUGCGGGCGGCCCCCGGGCGCUUCGACGAGGGGCGAUUCCGGCGCCAGCUGGCCCUGGCCACCUGGACCCUGCAGGGGGCGGCCAACGCCCUGAGCGGGGAGGUCUGGGACGUCGACAUCAACUUCUGAGCCCCGCCCCCGGGUGCCCCCCCGGGGGGCGUCCCCUGCCCCGGGAUCCCCCCCCUCCGGCUCCUCACCGAGCCCCCCACGCCCAGGGGGACCCGGCCUUUCGCCUACCCCCCAGAGCUGCACCCAAGGGUCACCCCUUUCUCUGACCCCCCCCAGCCCUGCUGCCCCCCCCGUUAAUUUAUCAGUGGCAGGGCCCACUAUAAAUGGUUUCGUUUAUUGCUACGCGAUAGAUUUAACCCUUUGUUGGAAGCACCAGCUUCUAUACCCCCCCCCCAUGGACAUUCAGCAUCCCCAGGAACCAAUCACGGGCCGGCUCCCCACCGCGGUCCCCCCCCCCAGCACCCCCCAAUAAAUCCAUCCCCAGAGCGACGGGGCUGCAGCCUCUGGCGUCAGGACUCCUGGGUUCUCUCCCCGGCUCAGGGAGGGGAGUGGGGGCUGGUGGGUUAGAGCAGGGGGAGCUGGGAGCCCGGACUCCUGGGUUCUCUCCCCGGCUCAGGGAGGGGAGUGGAGGCUGGUGGGUUAGAGCCGGGGGGGCUGGGAGCCAGGACUCCUGGGUUCACUCCUGACCUCUCUAUCUAGCCUAUCUAUGUGUCCGAUUUCCCCCUGCCCUAAUGUGGGGGGGGGUCCCCCUCAGGCCAGGUCCAGCUGGGCAGGUGUCACCCACCCCACCCCUGGAGCCCGAAAGCUCAAUAAAAAUGGAUGCUACA